GCGCCCGCGCGGCUGGGACAUCCCAGUCCCGCUUGGUCCUCCUCGCCGGCCACCCGUGCGCCCAGUUCGUCCAGUCCGCACUGCCUGCCCACCGGCCCGCCCCCCACCGCAGCCAUGGACGCGAUCAAGAAGAAGAUGCAGAUGCUAAAGCUGGACAAGGAGAAUGCCAUCGACCGCGCCGAGCAAGCCGAGGCCGACAAGAAGCAGGCUGAGGACCGCUGCAAGCAGCUGGAGGAGGAGCAGCAAGCCCUCCAGAAGAAGCUGAAGGGGACAGAGGAUGAGGUGGAAAAGUAUUCUGAGUCCGUGAAGGAUGCCCAGGAGAAACUGGAGCAGGCUGAGAAGAAGGCCACCGACGCUGAGGCAGAUGUGGCCUCCCUGAACCGCCGCAUUCAGCUGGUAGAGGAGGAGUUGGACCGGGCGCAGGAGCGCCUGGCUACAGCCCUACAAAAGCUCGAGGAGGCUGAGAAGGCAGCUGAUGAGAGUGAGAGAGGAAUGAAGGUCAUUGAAAACCGAGCCAUGAAGGAUGAGGAAAAGAUGGAGCUACAGGAGAUGCAGCUGAAGGAGGCCAAGCACAUCGCUGAGGAUUCAGACCGCAAAUACGAGGAGGUGGCCAGGAAGCUGGUGAUCCUGGAAGGAGAGCUGGAGCGCUCAGAAGAAAGAGCUGAGGUGGCUGAGAGUAAAUGUGGGGACCUAGAGGAGGAGCUGAAAAUUGUUACCAACAACUUGAAAUCUCUGGAAGCCCAAGCGGACAAGUAUUCCACCAAAGAAGAUAAAUAUGAAGAGGAGAUCAAACUGCUGGAGGAGAAGCUAAAAGAGGCUGAGACCCGAGCAGAGUUUGCCGAGAGAUCCGUGGCAAAGUUGGAGAAGACCAUUGAUGACCUGGAAGACGAAGUCUAUGCACAGAAGAUGAAGUACAAGGCCAUCAGCGAGGAGCUGGACAACGCACUCAACGACAUCACCUCUCUCUAAGCCCCACGCCAGUGUGGCCCCCUCAGCCCCUUCUCUCCUCUCCUUUCCACUCUCUCUGUGGGGAGGGGGCAGGCAGGAGGAACAAAAUUGUCAGCAUCGUACAGCCAUUCUGGGCGCAGCCUCAGAGAGUCCCCACCACCCCUGCCGCCCACCCUGGCACUUGCUUCAUCCUUCUAUCCAACCACUCACCCCAUCCUCCAGCCUCUAUCUCUUUCUGCUGCUUAAUAAACUCAACUUGGUCUCCA